AUGACAAAAGGUUUCAGGGUGCAGAGGCCAACUGACUUCACUGUCUUUUAUUUUCUUGGCAUUGCAUAUUCAUCGUCCAUAGCUCUACAAGCUUCACUGACGGGCGAGGAAGAGCAGUACAUUACUGUUUUGCUGAACACUCAGUACGAACAGAUGGGAAAGAUGAAAUUUCAAGAGAUGAUUAUCAGUGGAAUAGUUGUUUUAACAGCUAUUCUCCAAACUGUCAUAAGCGCGACUAGCUUAGCUAAUAUAACCAAUACAAGGUUGGUA